AUGUGUGAUAGUUUCCAGAGAACAGUAACAAUUAUGAAAAGGCAUGAGAUGCCACUGAAUGGUAUUAUGGAGGUUGAAAUCUUUGAUGUGUGGGGAAUUGAUUUUAUGGAUCCGUUUCCCUCGUCCAGUGGGUGUAAGUACAUUUUGGUGGCCAUUGAUUAUGUGUCGAAGUGGGUGGAGGCCAUUUCUCUUCCUAUAAAUGAUGCCAAGGUUGUGGUCAACUUUGUGAAGCAUUUUUUACAAGAAAAAUACGGGGUCAGACAUAAGGUUGCAACCGCUUACCAUCCUCAGACUAGUGGACAAGUUGAAGCGUCAACUAGAGAGAUAAAGCAAAUUCUAGAGAAGACGGUUAGUGCAAGAAGGAAAGAUUGGGUUGCAAAGCUUGAUGAUGCUCUAUGGCUUGUUUAUAGGAAGGCAUGCCAUUUACCGGUGGAACUUGAGCAUGAGGCAUACUGGGCGAUAACGAAACUGAACUUUGAUACAGAUUUAGUGGGUAGAAAGCGGUUGAUGCAAUUGAACGAUCUUGAUGAGUUUCUCUUGCACGCGUAUGAGAAUGCCAAGUUCUAUAAAGAAAAGACCAAGUGUUGGCAUGAUAAGCAUAUCCAUCAUCGCGAGUUCGAACCACGCCAAUUGGUUCUCUUAUUCAAUUCAAGGUUGAGACUCUUUCGGGGGAAGCUCAAAUUGAGAUGGUUGGGCCCGUUUGAGAUAGUGAGAGUCACUCCACAUGGUGCAAUUAAGCUGCACAUCUUAGGAGACAAGAGAACGUUCUUAGUGAACGGACAAAGAGUCAAGCACUAUUAUAGAGGUGACUUUGAUCGUCAGAAGUCGAAGGUGUUACUUGUCGAUGAUUAG